GCUGUUUAAUUAAUUUGUUUGCUUUGAGGAAAAGUGUUUUUGAAAAAAUGGGGUUUAAAAAUUUUGUUUUGUUAAUAACUGUGUUUGCUGCAGCUUGCAGUUCCAUUGUUAUGGCAUCUGAUCCGAGCCCUCUUCAAGAUUUUUGUGUGGCAGAUGUCAAUAAUCCAGUGAAGGUGAAUGGGUUCGUUUGCAAGAACCCAGCUGACGUUACUGCUGAAGAUUUCUUCAAGAGUGGGCUUCACACUCCAGGAGACACAAACAACCCUGUAGGCUCCAACGUAACAGCCCUGAACGUGGGCAACUUACCAGGACUCAACACUCUCGGCAUCUCCAUGGUCCGCAUCGACUACGGGCGGUAUGGCAUCAACGCACCCCACACUCACCCACGCGCCACCGAGAUUCUCGUCGUUAUUGAAGGAACCCUACUGGUGGGGUUCGUGUCAUCAAACCAAGAUGGCAACCGUCUCUUCUCCAAGGUCUUAAACAAAGGAGACGUGUUUGUUUUUCCAGAGGGGUUGGUUCACUUCCAACAAAACGUGGGGCGUCAUAAUGCGGUUGCGAUUGCGGGGCUUAGCAGCCAAAACCCAGGCGUCGUUACAAUUGCCAAUACUGUAUUUGGGUCCAAACCAGAUAUCCCCACUGGUAUCAUAGCCAAGGCUUUCAAGACUGAAGCUGCCAUUAUUGCUGCCAUUCAAGCCAAAUUCCCAUAAACUAAUGUUAUAAUUACAUUUAAUUAUGUAUUAAUCAUGUGUGGAGCGAAGUGGAGUGGACAUACUCAUACUUAAAUUUAAAUCUAAAUAAUGCUCUUUUUGGCAUCUUCCUGUGUUUUAAUUUUGUUACACCUUCUUGGCAUCUUUAUUGAGAAAUUAAAAAUCAUUGAAAUAAUACAUCUGCUUUGACCGCCA